AGAUCCCCCUCCAAAAAAAAAUUUACAAUAUGAAAUCCAUCUACCUAAUCCUCACCCUCUCCCUAACCCUCCUCGUCGCUGCAAAUCCGGUUCCCAACCCGACCGCCGACCCGGAUCCAGAUCCCGUCGCCAUUCAGUUCUACGGAGCCAGUUUGACAGGCAUCCCGAUCAAGCGCCGCGAUGAGGAGCCGGCCGUUUUGGUGAAGCGCACGCAGUCGCCGACGUCUGGGGAGCAUGCAAAUAAUACGUGUGGUGCAGGGAACGAUGGCCCUUGCUGCUCCAUCAACGGAUGGUGCGGGUCGAACAGUUACUACUGCGGCGGUGGUUGCCAGGACGAUUUCGGAUCUUGCGCGAUCCCGUACUUGCAAUUGACAUACGAUGCGGACGCGGGUGAUUCUAUAUGGGAUGUCAUCUCGGACAAUGUAUUCGAUGCGGCGGUCGGAGACGGACUGCUUUAUUAUGGGGCCGGCCCUGCGGGUGGGUGGCCCAACUAGCCCUAUCAUGGACUCGACUGGCUGCAGUUGGGCAUGUCCGCGGGGAGGGGUGUUUAGCGGAAUCGGCUGCAGACCUGAUCCAGAUGUGCGAUUCGGUGUGAAUGUUGCGAAUUUUCUUUUGUCCAUACUAUUUUCGAGGAAUGAAAGCUCCCGUCCCUCUGUCCAAA